AUGGCUCCUCCAAGCCUGAGGAGUCUCCUCAUCGGGGCCCUGGCGUGUCUUCCAACAUUCGCCAUGGCCCAGCGCAACUAUUCCACCGCCGAUAUGCUGCGAGCUCAGCUGACGCUGCUUGACGAUCGUCCCGACAACUGCCCUCCCUGCUUCAACUGUCUCCUUCCCGCCCACAAGUGCACUCAGUUCGCCGGCUGCAAUGACUAUACAGGCAAAUGCAACUGUCCCGAGGGUUUCGGCGGUGACGACUGCCUCGAACCACUUUGCGGUUCCCUCUCUCGUGGCGACAACACCGACAGGCCACGACGAUCUGGCGACCUUUGCGAAUGCGACGACGGCUGGACCGGCAUCAACUGCAACGUCUGCACGAGCAACCAGGCGUGUAAUGCUCUAAUGCCCUCUCAAGAGGGUGGCGUGUGCUACCAGAAUGGCGAGGUCAUCAACCACAACUACCAGAUCUGUGAUGUCACCAACAAGAAGAUUACCGACCUUCUGGGCGACAAGCGACCCCAGGUUACCUUCACUUGUAAGAAAGAGGAGGGUAACUGUGACUUCCAAUUCUGGGUUGACGAGCGCGAGUCCUUCUACUGCCACUUGACCGAGUGCUCGUCCAAGGCCGAUAUCAAUGAGAGCCAGAACAGCACCGAUUACAAGUGCAACAAGAUCGAGUGCAACUGCAUCUCCGAGCGAAUGCUUUGUGGCGAGAAUGGUUCCGUCGACAUCAGCGACUUCCUCGUCGAGGAGAUCAAGGGCCCCGCCGAGUUUGAGUGUCUUCAAAAGAAUGGAGGGAUCAACAACUGCGCGUUUAAAGAGCCCGCAAUGGACGAUCUCAUCCUUCAGCUGAUCGGCGACAGCAGCAUCCAGCUCACUUGCCGUUCCGGCGAGUGUUUGUACCACACCGAGGUCCCUGGCUACGAGCGCCCCGUCAAGAAGAUCAACACUCCACUUAUCGCCAGUAUCAUCGCGGCAUGCUCCCUGUUUGUCGUUGCCAUCAUUCUUCUCACCUGGUACCUGUCUAGAAGGCAGUUUAACUAUGGCGCUAUCGCUUUGGAUGAUUCGGAUGAUGAGAGCUUGAAGCUUAUGACCAACCACAAGCCUGCCUCUCUGUACUUCGAGAAUGUUGCCUACGAGCUCAACGGCAAGAGGAUCUUGAACAACAUCCAAGGCAUGGCCCAUCCCGGAGAGGUCACCGCCAUCAUGGGUGCAUCGGGUGCUGGAAAAACUACGUUCCUUGAUAUCCUGGCUCGGAAGAACAAGCGCGGUAACAUUUCUGGCGACUUCUUCGUCAACGGUGAAAAGGUAAACGACACGGACUACAAGAAUGUCAUCGGAUUCGUCGACCAGGAAGACACGAUGUUGCCCACCCUCACGGUGCAUGAGACUAUUCUCAACAGCGCGCUUCUUCGUCUGCCUCGCAAUAUGGGCCGAACCGCCAAGGAACAGCGCGUCUUCGAAGUCGAGAAGCAACUCGGAAUCUACCACAUUCGUGAUUCGCUGAUUGGCUCUGAGGAAGGCAAGGGCCGAGGUAUCUCUGGCGGAGAGAAACGCAGAGUUGGUAUCGCCUGUGAACUUGUCACCAGCCCCUCGAUUCUGUUCUUGGAUGAGCCUACUAGCGGCCUCGACGCCUACAAUGCCUUCAACGUCAUCGAGUGCCUGGUCACCUUGGCCAAGAACUACAAGCGAACCGUUGUCUUCACGAUUCACCAGCCGCGAUCCAACAUUGUGGCGCUGUUCGACCGACUCAUCUUGCUGGCGCGCGGAGGCGCAGUCUACUCUGGCCCCUUUUCGCAAUGCCAGGGCUACUUCGACCGUAUUGGAUACUCAUGCCCCCCCGGUUUCAACAUUGCAGACUACCUCGUCGACCUCACGAUGCAUGCCGGAUCUACUACGUCAGAGGAUGAUGGCACCCUCAACGCGGAAGUCGCCAGCCUGGGACCCAGCAGCACUACUGCUGUUAAGUCCAUUGCGAGCAUCCCUGGAAGCAUUGCUGAGGACAGUGGUGUCGAAUCUUCCACUUCGCGCCCAAAGAACAGCCGCCGCGACUCGGUCAGGAUUCGUCAGGAGCGGGAGCUCUACACGCGUCGCAAGAACACUGUCGACACUGCGGCUUCCUCCGACGCUGGCGGUGAGGAUGUUGGAUCUUACAAGCUACAGAACCAACCUGCUGGCUUUGUUCCCACGAUCAACGUUGAGGAUCCCCAUGAUCUUCCCCCUGCUGCCUACAUCGGUACCGAUCUGGACAUGUUGAUCAGAUCCUUUGCGGAGUCGGAUAUCGCUGGUUCCACACACGAUGAGAUCCAGCAAUCGAUUUCGGCUGCCCGAGGCGCCAACGGCCAGAAUGCGAACGGAUACAACCCAGAGGGCCCCAACAUCAACAUCAGCGCCAUCGGCAAGGGCUAUGCUCGGGUCGGUCUUGGUCGCCAAUUCAUCAUUCUCUCAAACAGAACCUGGAAGAACCUCUACAGAAACCCAAUUCUGAUGUUGACGCACUACGCCAUCGCCAUCCUUCUCGCGGUUCUGUCUGGAUACCUGUUUUACGGCUUGACUGACGACAUUCCCGGAUUCCAAAACCGCUUGGGUCUCUUCUUCUUCCUCUUGGCUCUUUUCGGGUUCAGCACACUCACGAGCUUGAACGUCUUUGCCACCGAGAGGCUCUUGUUCGUGCGCGAGCGAGCCAACGGCUACUACCAUCCCAUCACAUACUUUGCGGCCAAGCUUCUGUUCGACAUCGUCCCAUUGAGAAUCAUCCCUCCCCUUCUCAUGGGUGCCAUCAUUUACCCAAUGACUGGCUUGGUCCCUGAAGCCGGCCAUUUCUUCAAGUUCAUCCUCGUCCUGGUCCUCUUCAACCUGGCUGCUGCCGCCAUCUGCUUGUUCAUCGGCAUCAUCUGCAAGGAUGGCGGAGUAGCUAACUUGAUUGGCAGCUUGGUCAUGCUGUUCAGCUUGCUCUUUGCGGGCCUGCUGCUCAACCACAACGCUAUUCCUAAGGCCGCUAUCUGGCUUCAGACUCUCUCCAUUUUCCACUACGGUUUCGAGUCUCUCAUAGUCAACGAAGUCCUCCAACUCACUUUGGUGGACAAGAAGUACGGACUAGACAUCACUGUCCCUGGAGCAGCCAUUCUCAGCUCCUUCGGAUUCAACAACGAUGCUCUCUGGACCGAUGUUAUUAGCCUCGGUGUCUUUGGAGUCGUCUUCAUCAUCCUUGCUUAUGCUGCCAUGCACAUCCUUCUCGUUGAGAAGAGGUAA